AUGAAUCAAAAUUUCAAUUAUCAAGAGCUUCAACGUCAGGUGCUACAGAAGCAGCAAGAGCUGGAAAGCCUCCAAAACCUACUCCACAAUGGCCCCGUGCAAGCACCUCAGACAAAUCCUCUGAACCUGCUCCCGCCCCAAGGUGACUACUACGUAGAACCCGCCAUCGCCCAGCAGCAGCAGCAGCAACAACAACCACAAUUCCACAAUGGCAUGCCCGCAGUCAGGAGAUCAACAAUGCCGAGGAUCAAGCGUGCGAGGGUCAUGUCGCAGCAGCUCCCUCGCGCUGUCCCCAUGACGGGCAUGGCGAGAAGCACAUCCAACCGCUCGGAAAAGUCAAUUCCCUUCGUCGCAAAGGGCUCCAUCGCUCCGUUGCAGACAUCAAAUACCCCCAACACCAUGAUGGAUCGCUUCACCCAGUCCAGAGACGAUCCUCAUGUCCUGUUCCAAGCGACCCAGCCCUCGUUGCAGCGCACGCCCUCAAAUCGUCGCCAGUCAAAUCUCCCGAGGGUCGAGGAGAACAUGCCCUACGCUGAUCCCGGCGUCGGCAUGAACAUUGCCGACUACCUCGCAACACAAGACGAGAGCCUCCCCUCGCCGGCCAUGAUCCCCCCACAACCGCAGGCUUUCUUGACGGCUGAUGGCCGCAACUCUCAGGCCAGCUUGGUCGCUUCGGUCUGCCCGUCGAUGAGCUCCGGCACAUCCGCCCCGGAGACCACCCCUUUGACGAGGGAAAACAGCUCUUUCGACCACCAAUUCGAGAGCCAGUCCCUCAAUGGUGCAUUUGAGAUGGCUCGUAUCAACUCGACUCAGUCGCAACUCGACUUUGUGCCGCAGGAUCUUUACACCUCUGCCCCCCUCGGCACGUCCCCGAACGUCAAGUCCGAGAGCUUUCUCGCUUAUGUCGGCGCUAGCCUCUCUCAGCAGCAGUAUGCUCAGCAGUCGCCCAUGGACGAACAAUUCUUGUCUCAGGGCUCGUCUCUGAUGGAACGCUCCAUCUCCGCCAACAGCACCGCUUCUACAAAGUCAACCCAGGAGCGCCGCGCAAAGGAUGUGUUCCAGCAGCAGAUCCAGAAUGCCACCCGCACCGCGCUGGCGCCCAAGCCUGCCGAUGCCACCAAGCCGUCCCAGUCCGCUACCAAGAAGGAGGGCAAGGUUGCGGUGACCAAGGGCACGUACACCCGUCCCAAGCACCCCAAGGUCUACUGCGACCAAUGCAAUGACCACCCCGACGGCUUCCGCGGCGACCACGAGUUGCGCAGGCACAUUAACGCCAAGCACGAGGGCACCAUCAAGAAGUUCAUCUGCCGCGACCCGGCCAAAGCCGGUCUCAAGUCAAACGUGGAGGCAAUCAACCCGCUGUCCAAAUGCAAGCAGUGUGUCGCUGGAAAGCAUUACGGUGCCUACUACAACGCUGCUGCCCACCUGCGUCGCACCCACUUCAAGCCCAAGACCCCCCGUGGCAAGAACAAGCGGGGCGACGACGACGAGAAGCGCGGCGGCAAGGGCGGUGGUGAUUGGCCUCCGAUGAACGAGCUCAAGCUCUGGAUGGAGGAAGUCUUUGUUACCGCCGACGAUGCCGAUGCCGCCGAGGCUGAGGCCCAGGAAGAGGACGAGGAAGAGGCUGUGCAGCUUGACCCCUCCAUGAUGGACUUUUCCCUGGGCCACAUGGGCGAGAACAUGGCCUACGACAUGAACUUUCAGGCGUCAUACCCGAUGCCCGAGUUGGCCAUUGACACCCAAGCCUCCUCUUUUCUGGCCGUUUCCAACAUGCCGCUCUCAUCUGCCUCUGAAGCAUUUGCGUUCUCGCCCUUUACCUCAAACUCGCCGAUGAACGGCAUGUCGCACGAGACGGCCUUCUCCAUCUCGUCCUCAAACACGGUUACACCCACUACAUACCAAGACCCGCUUGCCGAGGGCUUCGACAGUUAUGCGGUCUACUAA